CUCGACCCCUCGACAUGGUUCUCGCCCAAUACAACCUCCUCCGAAACUCCGCAGCCCUCUCCUUUCCCAGUCCCUCCCUCCCUUCCGCCUCUCGCCGCCCCAGGUCUGUUCGUCGCAUCGCGAUCCGGGGCUCCGCCGUCACCCAACCUCCGCCGGCAGCCGCCACGGCCUCCCGGGAGUCCGCCGUCAGGUCGAUCAGGGCCCGCCAGAUCGUCGACAGCAGGGGAAACCCCACCGUCGAGGUCGACCUCGUCACCGACGGCGGCCUCUUCCGCUCCGCUGUCCCCAGCGGCGCCUCCACCGGGAUCUACGAGGCCCUAGAGCUGAGGGACGGCGACAAGAAGGUAUUCGGCGGCAAGGGAGUGCUCCAAGCCGUCAGGAACAUCAAUGAGAUACUCGGGCCAAAACUCGUCGGUGUCGAUGUCAGAAAUCAAGCUGAUGUGGAUGCAAUUAUGCUCGAUGUUGAUGGAACACCUAAUAAGUCGAAAUUAGGUGCCAAUGCCAUCCUUGGAGUCUCUCUUAGUGUUUGCCGGGCUGGUGCCGGAGCAAAAGGGAUUCCUUUGUACAAGCAUAUCCAGGAACUAUCAGGAACGAAGGAGCUCAUUAUGCCAGUUCCUGCUUUCAAUGUGAUUAAUGGCGGCAGCCAUGCCGGCAAUAAUCUGGCGAUGCAAGAGUUCAUGAUAUUGCCUGUGGGUGCUUCUUCAUUUGCUGAGGCUCUCCGUAUGGGCAGUGAAGUGUAUCACACUCUUAAGGGUAUAAUCAAGGCAAAAUAUGGGCAAGAUGCAUGUAAUGUGGGAGAUGAAGGUGGCUUUGCUCCAAAUGUUCAAGACAAUAAGGAAGGGCUGGUCUUGCUUAUGGAUGCUAUUGAAAAGGCUGGUUAUACAGGAAAGAUCGAGAUUGGGAUGGAUGUAGCUGCGUCUGAGUUUUUCUUGGAUGGCAGAUAUGAUCUAAAUUUUAAGAAGCAACCAAAUGAUGGAGCUUACGUUUACACUGCUCACAGCCUUUGUGAAUUAUAUAGAGAAUUUGUUAGAGACUUCCCUAUUGUGUCCAUUGAAGAUCCCUUUGACCAAGAUGAUUGGUCCUCAUGGGCAUCACUACUGUCUUCAGUUGAUAUACAACUUGUUGGGGAUGAUUUGUUGGUCACAAAUCCAAAGAGAAUUGCCAAGGCUAUUCAGAAGAAGGCAUGCAAUGGUUUGCUAUUAAAAGUUAACCAGAUUGGCACUGUUACUGAAUCCAUUAAAGCUGCUCUGGAUUCAAAAGCUGCUGGCUGGGGGCUAAUGGUUAGCCAUCGCAGUGGCGAGACAGAAGACAAUUUUAUUGCAGAUUUGUCUGUUGGGCUGGCCAGUGGACAGAUCAAAACAGGGGCACCUUGUCGAAGUGAGCGCCUAGCCAAAUAUAAUCAGCUUUUACGCAUCGAAGAGGAGCUUGGAGAUGUCCGGUAUGCCGGUCAGGCUUUCAGAUCUCCCUAGAGAAAAAUUUGUUAAGAGCUUGUAUUUGAUCCGAAAUAAUGUGCUAGAUAUAAGUCACAUGAAGUUGGGGAGUUUUGUUGUACUAAGAGGCCUCACAGAUUCUGUAGAUGUGAAGCAGCCUAGACGCAUUUUGAUAGGAGCAUCUGUUGCAUUUGUGUUUCAACAGUGUAAUUUCUUCUCCAAGCAAAAUUAGAUGAUAUUGGACUUCAUAUUGGUACUCUUUAAUUACUCAAAAACAAUACAUUUUUAGAGCUCCUUCAACA